CCCGAAGCAUCAACCCUCUCGAAGAGAUCACAGGGAAAAAGAACCAAAGCCCUCCAAAAACCUUCAGCAAUGGCGUCUUCGAAGGUCGUCUCCAGGUUAUCCUCUCGAUUACGCCCUCUGUCUCUCAAGCUCAACCACUCCCCGCCCUCUCCCCCAGCUCCGCUCCAGUCCUCCGUUUCCCCUUCUUCCAGGCGCUUUUCUCGCGCCUUCUCACGGUUGCCCCUGGAGUUGAGCGGCGGCGUCGAAUCCUUGAUGCCUCUCCACAGCGCUAUCGCCUCGGCGAGGCUCCAGUCGAGCUUGGCAAUGGAGUCCCAGAGUUGGGGAUUAGUGCCUCAAGGAAUUUCAAUGCCUUUAUGACAGUCUAUGAGAGCAGCAACUCUUUGAGGCAGCCAGUUUUUCUUGGUUAGGGACUCAGAUUGCAUGUUGAGGCUUUUUAUUGAGUUUAGUUUAAACAGUUCGAACUAAUGAACCGUGCCGGUAACUUCUACGAAGAUCUGUGUCUCUUCCUCACCAUCAAUCAUCAUGCUCCUUCAAGUCCUAUGCAGAAAUGAUGCAUGAGGAUCUGGUUUGGCUUUGAUAAGGAAUGAGCAUAACUUUAUCCGAACUGCCAAAUCAUUAUUGUAGAAUUUUGUCUUUCUUUUCCUUCCAUUACGGGAAUAUCUGUCA